GUCAUCGCUGCCCCUCCCCUGCAGCACCGUUUCAUUUUGCAUAGAUGCAUCUCUCUCGUUGGACAUGCGUUAUUGUGAUCAGGAGUUGCCUCCUGAUCGUUGGCUAAUAUUUUUUUUUUUUCUUAGAAUUUUUACCUUUUAAGAUAGUUCUUGUGAAAUAGAACACUGCCCUCAGUGAGAGGACAGCAGUCAUGACUGGUUCUUCAAGUUGGUCCUGUCAGCCCCGCUUCCGGACACCAGGCUGAAGAGAAAGGUUUCCUGCCCCAGGUCAGGUCAGCGUGAAUUCCACUCCUGGGUGGGGACCUCGUGGUGCAGUGACUGCAACUCAUUUGGGUUAGAAGGAGCUGCCUUUAGUCCCGCGUGUCCGCUGCCCGCUCACCCCACCUCAGCCUCCUUCUCUGAAACUCUCCUGUGCAAGAGUACUCCGCCCUCUUUAGACCAUGUGUGUUGGGGAAGGUGAGUGAGAUACGGGAUUUUGGUUUCAGUUGCCCCCAUCUUUUCCUGAUGCUCUUCCACGGAUUCCCCAGAGAGCAGGUGUGGGCAAGAGCAGAGGCUGAGCCGGAGGGCACGUCCCGAGACCAUACCCUGCUUCCGUGCUGCCCGCUCUCUGCUCCUUCUCUUCUAGUUUUGGUAUAACUGAAAAUUACACAUCCACUUACAUUUCUAAUCUCUUGUUAUCUGACGAAGACUCAGAAAAUGCUCGCAAAUAGUUGUAGCAGUGGUCUCCAUUUUUCCUUCCAUCUUUUGCAGGCUUAUUGCUGGUUUUUGAGACAGAAAGAGGUGUGCUUUUUCCUGGUAACUGAAGGCAUGUGCAGUCACAGUCCCAGAGGCUCUUGCUUUGUGGGUGGCCUCAGUGUGUUUUGAUGGGUGUUGUGAUGGGUCCUGAGUGUCAACACAAGCUGCACAGAGACAGGAGUGGAGGUGGUGGUGAGAGCUGGUGGCCCCUGCCCAGCCCUGACAGGCUGCCAGGUGGGGUUUAGAGAAAUCAGUCUCCUGGGCCAGGAUACCAUGAACAUACAUUCACUUGGAACGUCCCUGUUACAGAAUCCAAGCUCAUACUGCUCACUGUAUGAGCAGCCAGUCAAUUGAGAGACAGUUGUUGGGGCAGGAACAGCCACUUUAUUUGGAAAGCCAGUAGAUCGAGAAGAUAGUGGGCCAGUGUCCCAAAGAACCAUCUUCUCUGAGUCAGAAUUCAGGCCUCUUUUGUACUAAAAGGGGAGGGAAUGAAGGCAAGCAUUUCCUGGUUCCAGUCAGCCUCCAGAGGGGAUGUGUUUUCUUCCUUCCUGCAGCCAUUCACAGGUGAGCCUCGUCAGGAUGUUUCCUGUGAGCUAAACAAAGCUGCAGGCACCCCAGAGAACAGCACCCCAGUGGAUGCAGAGCCCAGCCAGUGGGUGUGCAAGGUGUGUUCAGCCACCUUCUUGGAGCUGCAGCUGCUGAAUGAGCACCUGUUGGGCCACUUGGAACAAUCCAAGAGCGUCGCCCCAGCUGGCCAGCAGGAGUCGGCCCCGGAGAAGGAAGCAGAUGUGCCCCGGGGGGAACCUGCUGAGGUUCCCAAGACUGUCAGUGCCACCAAAGAGCAGAAGAAAAAGCCUCGAAGGGGAAGAAAACCCAAAGCAUCCAAACCAGAGCAGCCUCUAGUCAUUGUUGAAGGCAAGGAGCCAGCAGAGCAAGUGACAGAGAUCAUGACUGAGGUCGAGCCCGUGACUGCGACGCCAGACGAGCGGAUCAUGGAGCUGGUUCUGGGAAAGCUGGCCGCCACCCCCAGCGACACCAGCUCAGUGCCAAAGUUCCCGCAUCACCAGAGCGGCACCAUCACCCUCAAGAGGAGCCUGAUCCUCUCGAGCCGGCACGGCAUCCGGCGGAAGGUGGCACGUCAGCUGGGUGAGCACAGGCGCGUGUACCAGUGUAGCAUCUGCAGCAAGGUCUUCCAGAACAGCAGCAACCUGAGCCGGCACGUGCGCUCCCACGGUGACAAGCUGUUUAAGUGUGAGGAGUGUGCCAAGCUGUUCAGCCGCAAGGAGAGCCUGAAGCAGCACGUCUCGUACAAGCACAGUAGGAACGAGGUCGACAGCGAGUACAGGUACCGGUGUGGCACCUGCGAGAAGACCUUCCGCAUCCAGAGCGCGCUGGAGUUUCACAACUGCCGCACAGAUGACAAGACGUUCCAGUGUGAGAUGUGCUUCCGGUUCUUCUCCACCAACAGCAACCUCUCCAAGCACAAGAAGAAGCACGGGGACAAGAAGUUCGCCUGUGAAGUCUGCAACAAGAUGUUCUACCGCAAGGACGUCAUGCUCGACCACCAGAGGCGGCACCUGGAAGGAGUCCGACGGGUGAAGAGGGAAGACGUGGAGGCCGGUGGCGGCGAGAACCUGGUGCGCUACAGGAAGGAACCGUCUGGAUGCCCGGUGUGCGGCAAGGUGUUCUCCUGCAGGAGCAACAUGAACAAGCACCUGCUGACCCACGGCGACAAGAAGUACACCUGUGAGAUCUGCGGGCGCAAGUUCUUCCGUGUGGACGUGCUCAGGGACCACAUCCACGUCCACUUCAAGGACAUUGCGCUGAUGGAUGACCACCAGAGAGAGGAGUUUAUUGGCAAGAUUGGGAUCUCGUCAGAAGAAAACGAUGACCAUUCAGACGAGAGCGCAGACUCAGAGCCUCACAAGUACAGCUGCAAAAGGUGUCAGCUCACCUUCGGCCGCGGGAAGGAGUACCUGAAGCACAUCAUGGAGGUGCACAAGGAGAAGGGCUACGGCUGCAGCAUCUGCCACCGGCGCUUCGCCCUGAAGGCCACCUACCACGCCCACAUGGUCAUCCACCGCGAGAACCUGCCCGACCCCAACGUGCAGAAGUACAUCCAUCCCUGUGAAAUCUGCGGGCGGAUCUUCAACAGCAUCGGGAACCUGGAGAGGCACAAACUGAUCCACACAGGUGUGAAAAGCCAUGCCUGUGAGCAGUGUGGGAAGUCCUUUGCCAGGAAGGACAUGCUGAAGGAGCACAUGCGUGUCCAUGACAACAUCCGGGAAUACCUGUGCGCGGAGUGUGGGAAAGGCAUGAAGACCAAGCACGCGCUGCGCCACCACAUGAAGCUGCACAAGGGCAUCAAGGAGUACGAAUGCAGGGAGUGCCACCGCAAGUUCGCGCAGAAGGUCAACAUGCUCAAGCACUACAAGCGGCACACGGGGAUUAAAGAUUUCAUGUGCGAACUGUGCGGAAAAACAUUCAGUGAGAGAAACACGAUGGAGACGCACAAGCUCAUCCACACGGUGGGCAAGCAGUGGACGUGCUCCGUGUGCGACAAGAAGUACGUCACCGAAUACAUGCUGCAGAAGCACGUGCAGCUCACCCACGACAAGGUGGAGGCGCAGAGCUGCCAGUUGUGCGGGACCAAGGUGUCCACCAGGGCCUCCAUGAGCAGGCACAUGCGGCGCAAGCACCCCGAGGUCCUGGCCGUGAGGAUUGAUGACCUGGACCACCUCCCGGAGACCACCACCAUCGACGCCUCCUCCAUCGGCAUCGUCCAGCCUGAGCUGAGUCUGGAGCAGGAGGAGCUGGCCGAAGGGAAGCACGUGAAAGCCACCAGGAGAGCUCCCAAGAGGAAGCAGAAGCCGGAGGAGGAGGCGGGGGCCACGGCGCCGGAGGACGCCGCCUUCAGCGAGUUCUCAGAGAAGGAGGGCACGUUCUCGGGGGCUGUCGGGGAUGAGACGGACUCGGCCGUGCAGAGCAUCCAGCAGGUGGUGGUGACUCUGGGUGACCCCAAUGUGACCACCCCGUCCAGCUCCGUCGGCCUGACCAACAUCACCGUGACCCCCAUCACCACCACGGCCGGGACCCAGUUUACCAACCUCCAGCCGGUGGCCGUCGGGCACCUGACCACUCCGGAACGCCAGCUCCAGCUGGACAACUCCAUCCUGACCGUGACCUUUGACACCGUCAGCGGCUCCGCCAUGCUGCACAACCGCCAGAAUGACCUCCAGAUCCACCCGCAGCCGGAAGCCUCGAACCCGCAAUCCGUGGCCCACUUCAUCAACCUGACCACCCUGGUCAACUCCAUCACGCCCCUGGGGAGCCAGCUGGGUGAGCAGCACCCACUCACCUGGCGGGCGGUGCCCCAGACGGACGGGCCACCCCCGCCGCCUCCAGCCCCCGCCCCACAGGCCACCCAGCCCCCGGUGCCGGCUGAGCAGCAGCCACAGAUGUACAGCUACUGAGGCAGCUUGCAGAGACCAGGGAGAGAACCACAGAUGGGGGUUUGUUUCCAUUUAAGAUUUGUUGGCUGGAUACCAAACAGAGAAAAACAAACACAUAUUGCAAUGUAAGUAAGGUUGACUUAGCUUUUGCAGAAUUAUCUCCAGAUGCCCCCAGAACCAUGGCAGUCUGUCAGCUGAACUCAGAAGUGACCCUGGGCAGGCCAGUUGUCCCUGGGAGCAGCCCCCCGCAUUCUGCCAGGUGAGACAGGCUCCUAGGCUUGCCUCCCAGAGCAGGAGGGACUGGAGGUUUGGCAAAGGGAAGUGGUUUGUUUCCUUUUCUCUUUAGGGCUCAGCUGCUGUGUUAAAAUGUAGCAAUGUGCUGGGCAGGAAAAGAGUUUUCUCCCGGCUCCUGGACUUUGAACAGAUAGAGGUUCAAGUCACAUUUAUCUUCUUUGAAAUUCCAGUUGAAUCAAAGUCGUUGGCUGAAACCAGGUGGGAAGCUGCCCUGUGGGCGGACGCCCCUCCUCUGGCCUUCCUGUUGGUCACAGGCAAGUGGUCAUGUGAGGUCACUCAGCAAGGCGUCUUAGUAAUAGGGUUCGUGAAUGGAUUUUCAGUAUGGUUCUUUUUUUAAACUUUAUCUCGAGCAUAUCUCGCGUGUUCGAAACUGCGGAGACCACGUUCUUCUCUGUUUUCCUUUGACACGCAAUGUCGUUUGCACUGUAGGCCUCUGUCCAGCUUACGUAGCUGCCCCAACGCAGGGGUCGCUGUUAACGUGCAUCAAGAGGGCCUCCCGCUGGCCCUUCUGGAGGCUCCCUGGAGCCGUCUCAGGACUCUGCCAUCCAAACGUAUUUAUUGUGGCUGAGACUCGGCUAGAGUCCCCUGAACUGGAGAACAGGGAAGAAAUUCAUGUCUUUUUUCUGUUUAAACUCUUAAUUCCAAAGGUUGAUGUGUUUCAAGACCAGUUUUCUAUAAAAAUGUUGAAUGGACUUUGCUCCUUAUGGGGAAAGGGGUAGGUUUUUUCUGAAAUAUGGAGGUAGUGCUAUGUCCUGCCAAGUAGUAUGAAAGCAGAAAAAGUCAUUAGCUGAGCAGUAGAAGUAUCAGCGCCCCGAAUGAAUGAAUGAAUGAAUGUGCUGAGUGACAUCAGCUGUGUCACACGUGUGCACCCAUCUCAGGGGGGUGGGUGAGGCUCAGGGCCACUGAGGUGGCGGCCAGCAGCCAGUCCUCUGGCUGCCCAGCCAGGGGGACAAAGAGGCAGGUGAAGAAGCUUGAGUGAAAAAAAAAAAAUUGAAAAAAAAAAGAAGCUUGAGUGAUGCCUUUGCCCUGUCCAGAAUGAAAAGAUAACGAUUCCUUUGCUUUGUCUCGAUCACUCUUUGUGAUCCUGUGUUAGUUGGGAGACCUUCUUCAGUAAAGAGUAAAUAAAUGAGACAGACUCACCUGAUGCUGCCAGUGAGGCUGCGGGUGAUCUGUCACGCAAAAGGCAGCGUUCUCAGCACUUCAUGUAGUUCUAAGUCACAAGAUGUUGAGGGGAGAGAGAGCUAGGUUUUGAUGUGUGCAAUACAGGCCUUCGUGAACCAAGUUCAUCACCCAUGCAGCAUGUGAAAGGGGACUGCAGAAUUCACCCUCCACCCCCAGCUCUUCCCUAACUCCCAGCUUGCACCUCUCCAUUGAAUUUGUCGUGGGCAAUUAUUUGACUUUUAAUUUAUGAUAAUUAUUUUUAUGUUAUUUAUGUAUAUAAUUAAUGCUUUAUACAUAAUAGUUUCAUCAAAUGAACUUGGGCUAGGGGUGAUAUAUUUUCUAAGCAUUGUCUCUGUUCUCCAAAUGUAAGUGGUCCAGGUGUCUGUGGAGUCAUCAAGUGCGCCAAGGCCCCUAAGGUAUUUUUUUAAACAUCGCUGACCAUUUCUUUUUGCAUUUGCAGAAGAUAAAGGACAAAUGACCAAGGGAAAAAACCCAGAUGUGAUGGAACACCUGCUAGCAUUUAUCUUUUAUUCCUCUUCCCUAUGAAAUAAAGGCCUUUUAAAUCACAAUUUUAUUUUUUUAAGAAAAGUUGUUUUUGUGCCUAGGAUAAGAAUGCAUCAUAUGUUUUUAAAGAACCUAAUUUAGGUUGUGUGGCCCCAGUGUACUUACCACUGUUUAUUUAAAUACACAGAUGUGUAAUAAUACUUCUUGUUAUAAUAAGCGAAAACUCGAAAUAAAAAUCAGAUUUACUCCUGA